GCGCCCCCCAGCCCCGGGGGUCUCUCAGCCCUGCAGGACCCCGAAUGCUUCGCCCACCUCCUGCGUUUCUACGAUGGCAUCUGCCGCUGGGAGGAGGGCAGCCCCACCCCCGUCCUGCACGUGGGCUGGGCCACCUUCCUCGUGCAGUCCCUGGGCCGCUUCGAUGGGCAGGUGCGUCAGCAGCUCCGAUUGGCGCCACGUGACCCCGCCCCCGCGGAUGACGCCGAGGAAGGGGGCGGGGCCGCCGGAGGGGAGGAGUCACGUGAGGGUCGGCGCCGCCCCCCACGCCGCGAAUCCCGGCCGGAAGCUCCGCCCCCCGCCAAGCGCCCGCCCCCAGCGCGGGGCGGGGCCUCCGGACAGGGAAGCGGGGCUGCGACACAAGGAGGCGGAGUCUCUGAGCAAGGGGGCGGGGCCUCUGCCUCAGGGGGCGGAGCUUCGGGAGCCCCCGGGUUGGCGCUGGCGUUCCGCAGCCAGAAGAUGCGCGGGAUGCAGGAGCUGCUGCGCGCCCCGCGCCUCAACUCCAGCGCCAUCAAACUGCAGCUCACCGCGCAGUCCCAGGUGCAGCCGCGCCGCAACCGCGCCCCGGGGGGGGCCUACUCCGUCGCCUUCCUGCGGCGGGCACGGAAAGGGACCUAGGGGGAGGGGGGUCCUGAGCGUGGCUGCGGCUCUCCGUGCGGCCCGAAGGGGGUGCUGCCGCGCCGCCCCGUCCCGUCGCCAUCCCGCACGCGUACGUGGACUGAAACGUUCGCUGUGUUUCACUGAACGCACGUUCCGCCGCACGCACGUGUGGUACACGCGUGUUUUCCCUUCAACGUGGCCUUAGAGGUGAGGUGGGUCCGCCCAACCCCCCCCAACGCGUGCCCCACGUGAGCGGCUGCGCUGCCCCACGCGCCCGUUUCCUUCCCUCGCGGCCAUAACCGCCUGUCAGACCCCCCCCCCGGUCACGUGUUUCCUCUCACGUGACUCCGUCCCCGCGUUCGUAUCCUCCGUCCGACCUCUACGUUCAGCCCCGCCACGUGACCCCCCGCAUCCAAUAAACAAAGCCUUUUUUUUU